CUGCUAGAUGUAGUAAUGGCGCGGCCGCCCUCGUCCGCUGAUAUGAGUUCGCGUUACCACGUGUUGGAGCUGGUCGGGGAGGGAUCCUUCGGACGUGUUUUCAAGGGCAGGAAGAAGUAUUGCGGACAAGUGGUGGCUCUCAAGUUUAUCCCGAAGGUGGGUCGCUCUGAGAAGGAGUUACGAAGUCUCAGGAGGGAAAUUGAAAUCAUGAGAGGACUAAAGCAUCCAAAUAUUGUCCAGCUGUUUGACAGCUUUGAGACCGAAACAGAGGUUGUGGUUGUAACAGAGUACGCGGAGGGAGAGUUGUUCCAAAUCCUUGAGGAUGAUGGACAUUUACCAGAAAGUCAAGUCCAUGAGAUUGCCUGCCAACUGGUGUCAGCUCUGUAUUAUUUACAUUCACAUCGAAUUCUUCAUCGUGACAUGAAGCCCCAAAAUAUUCUGCUGGGAAAAUGCGGAGUGGUGAAACUAUGUGAUUUUGGGUUUGCCAGGGCUAUGAGUGUCUCUACCUUGGUCUUGACCUCUAUCAAGGGAACACCCCUGUACAUGGCCCCUGAGCUGGUGGAGGAGAAGCCAUAUGACCACACCGCUGAUCUCUGGUCUCUAGGCUGCAUUCUUUAUGAGCUCCACACGGGGGCACCGCCCUUCUACACGAACUCCAUCUUCGAGCUGGUGCAGCUUAUAGUGAGAGAUCCAGUCAAAUGGCCAGACACUAUGAGCAAUACCUGCAAGAGUUUGCUUAAAGGUUUGCUGACCAAAGAUGCCCAGAUGAGGUUGUCAUGGCCAGACCUCCUGUAUCACCCCUUUGUUGCUGAUGGCGUUUUAGUGCAGUCAGACGCCAGUGUUUCCAGGCCCCUGACAGUCGCUCCCAGCCCUGAUGUACUGGCACUCAAGCGCCAACAAGUAGUAGAGAAGACAGUGACUUCUGGAGAAAGCAGGUUAUUGCGCAAGGCUCGAGAACAGAAGGACAAGACAAGUAAACAGGUAAGUGCGGGAAAUGGAAGGGCCAGCUCAUCUGCAGCGAGGGCAUUCCCCAAAGCCAAGCCCUCCACCUCUACCUCAGUCACCACAAAUCAUUUGUCUCAAGACACCAGCCAGGCAACAAUUGAUCCAAGCCCCAGCUCAAAGGAUCAAGCCAGUGUGACAUCAAAACACAGGGGUCCAAUCAGCAAGGACUAUGAGCGGGAGUUCCCCUCUGUUGAUGUUGGGCCUCGAUUAGUGCGACGGCGUAGUCAAGACAGCCACACUACCUUGUGUAUGCAGGAUGUUGACAGUGAAGAGGAAUGGGAGAAACUGGCCCUAGAAACAGACCCGAGGCAGCAGACCAUACCGUCAGACCACCAAGCCGUUAUCCCUCAGCUGAAAAACAAGCUGCUGACGCUGAAAUCCCAGCUAGUGGAUGGGAAUCUGGAAAAACCACGGCAGACACGCCAGAUGUUGAGAGUCUUGUCCAACCUAGUUCUGACAUCCGAUCCUGAGAAGUCCCGCCAUGUCGGCUCUGAAGUUGGCUUACCCAGUUGCCUCUUUGAUUUGGUCCACGAUAUUGUUGAAAACCCCGUGGUUAUGAAGCAACCCUGCAGUGUGGCGGUGUUGGGAGAAAUAAUUGCGGUGCUGCUGACUUUCUGGGAGCGGCAUUACGACUGGAUGCAAGCAGAGAGCAGACUGGAGGAACUCGCCAAGCCCUUCAUCAGCAUCCUUAAUCGAUCAUUACCCAACCGUUUGGAAUGUCUUUCUGCCUCAGUUCUGUCUAUGUUCACAUACCACGGGUUCUCUGUGGACGUUGACAUGGAUAAUUUGACUUCCACACUGCAAAACCUCCUUUUGGACUCUGAUGAGCCCCAGCUUCCCCUACCCUCGGGCUGGGGACUAUACGAUGGCCUCCUGUCUUUGCUGCUACACAAACUCUCUGAGAAUGAAAAUGGCCCACUGUCUUCAUCUUUAGACCCGGGAAUGUUGCUCAGUCUGUGGAGAAGAAUUGGGACUUCACUAGAAAAGACAUUGUCCAUCACGGACAUCUGUUCGGCAAAUGGACUAUAUGCCUUCCUGUCUGCCAUGCUGGUUAUCUUCGCCAAGGAUCCAUACUCGUGUGCCCCUCUGUUCUCAGAGAAGGAGUCGUACUGUGUACGCACCCUAGGCCUUCUUCUCGACACUGAUUGUGUUCACAGGUUCUCCGAAGGGACUCGUGUAAGGCCUCAGGAGGACGGGAGUCUUGACAGCUUGUCAGUGUUGAGCUGCCACUUGCUUUGCUUUCCGUUUGCCCUGGACCUACCUUCAGAGACCAUGUCCAGGAUUCUUCAGUUAUAUGACAGCUGUGGCAUUGUUACAGGCCUCCUGCAGGUGGUCAAGUCCCUUCCUCCUCAGCUAUUAGAGCUGCCAAUCUCAUUGUGGGGACGUCUGCUCCUGUGUGACCCUGUGAACUCUGUCCCCCGCCUCAAAGCGGCUGCCGGGAGCAGUGGCUUCUUCAACUUCUCCAGCAACAGCCAGCCCAUUGCCUCCAGAACUCAGACCACGGCAGCUAGAACUGCUAGCUCUCUGCUCUCCACCUUGCUUCAGCAGGAUGCCUUAUGGGACUCUGCCGUAGAGCUCUUAACCGUGCUUUCACAGGUCACUCGUUGCUGCCCUCGGCCCGACUGCUUUCAGCUUCACUUGGAACCCAUGGUGCUGCACCAGGCCCUGGUUCACCCUUAUGACCGGAUAAGGGCUGCCACUAACAAUUUGCUGGGAAACUUGGAUCCAUUUAUGCCCACUGCACUGCCUACCCUGCACCCCGGCAUUUUCAACGACAUGAUCAACUGUCUUCAUGAUCCCUGUAUCCCUGUCCGCAGGGCGGCUUGCAGGGCCCUAGGGAAUUGGUUGGGAUUUAUCGGGGAGACAGGAUUUAAAAUUUCUGAUGAAAAGGGCAAUGACGGUACAGAAAAAAGCAAAACAAGGGACAAAAAUAAACACGGAGGGGACCAGGACGAGAUGAGCAGGUGGACAGAAGAAGCCAAGAGGGUGUCCACCAUGCUGCUGCCCCUUAUUACUGACCCCGAUGCUGUCACACGUCGCCACUGUUGUGCAGCGCUGGGAAAUCUGGUCAGCAUCUAUGGUGGGGCGUCUUGGGUGUUGGAGAAAGACAUGUGCUGCCCAAUUCUGACGGCGGCGUGUUCGGAUUCGCACCAUGCAGUGAGACAAGCUGCGAUUGCAACACUGAGCUUGUACAGCCAACAGAGUGCAAUACGGCAGGUGCUGACAUCGCUUGAUGCACAUAAGAAGCUGCUGCAGGCCUCCCACAAUGCACCUCCACACUGUGCCUACCAGCAUCUCAUCGAUCAGCUGAGUGACGGACCGCAGGCUUCUCUGAAGAGCUGAGGCUGCGGCUCACACACGCGGCGGUACUGCUGUCCGAAAUAAGCAACGGAAAUCAAGUAGACCUACACUUUAUCCGCGGUUCUGUUUUUGCUAAAACUGUUCUUGUUGAGGAAAUGGACUUCCCUGCGUAUAUAAAAA